UUUCGAUACCGGAUAGGCGUAUGUAGCCGCUGUUCCAGCUGUGUUGAAAAUCACCGUCAACCCACACUGCCAGAUAAAGUACAUUAAAAUUGGCUCGCUAAAUCGCUUCAUCCGGAAGCGAAAAGGGAGCCAGGAUGUCGGCAAGCGCGGUGUAUGUGUUGGACUUGAAAGGCAAGGUCCUCAUUUGCCGCAAUUACAGGGGAGAUGUGGACAUGUCAGAGAUCGAACAUUUCAUGUCCCUCCUCAUGGACAAGGAGGAGGAGGGCACCUUGUCCCCGAUCCUGGCUCACGGUGCAGUUCGUUUCAUGUGGAUCAAACACAACAACCUGUACCUUGUCGCAACGUCCAAGAAAAACGCCUGUGUCUCCCUCGUUUUUUCCUUCCUCUACAAGAUUGUCCAGGUGUUCUCUGAGUACUUCAAGGAGCUGGAGGAGGAAAGCAUCCGGGACAACUUUGUCAUCAUCUAUGAGCUGAUGGACGAGCUAAUGGACUUCGGUUACCCCCAGACCACUGACAGCAAGAUCCUGCAGGAAUACAUCACUCAGGAGGGCCACAAGCUGGACACCGGGGCCCCACGGCCCCCGGCCACCGUCACCAACGCUGUGUCCUGGAGGUCAGAGGGCAUCAAGUACCGCAAGAACGAGGUCUUCCUGGACGUCAUCGAGUCUGUCAACCUUCUGGUGAGCGCUAACGGAAACGUGCUGCGCAGUGAGAUCGUGGGCUCCAUCAAGAUGCGUGUGUUUCUGUCGGGAAUGCCUGAGCUGCGACUGGGUCUCAACGACAAGGUUCUGUUUGAGAACACCGGCAGGGGGAAGAGUAAGUCAGUGGAGCUGGAGGAUGUGAAGUUCCACCAGUGCGUGCGUCUGUCGCGUUUUGAGAACGACCGCACCAUCUCCUUCAUCCCUCCUGAUGGGGAGUUUGAACUCAUGUCCUACCGGCUGAACACGCAUGUAAAGCCGUUGAUCUGGAUCGAGUCUGUGAUUGAGAAACACUCGCACAGCAGAAUCGAGUACAUGAUCAAGGCUAAGAGUCAGUUCAAGAGGAGGUCCACCGCCAACAACGUGGAGAUCCACAUUCCUGUCCCCACCGACGCCGACUCACCCAAAUUCAAGACCACAGUGGGCGGGGUCAAAUGGGUCCCGGAGAACAGCGAGAUCAUCUGGUCCAUCAAGUCCUUCCCAGGUGGUAAGGAGUUCCUGAUGCGAGCACACUUUGGACUGCCUAGUGUAGAGGCUGAAGACAAAGAGGGGAAACCACCCAUCAGCGUGAAGUUUGAAAUCCCCUACUUCACAACCUCAGGAAUCCAGGUGCGCUACCUGAAGAUCAUUGAGAAGAGUGGGUACCAGGCCUUGCCAUGGGUUCGGUAUAUCACUCAGAACGGAGAUUACCAGCUCAGAACACAGUAAGAGGAGCAGUCGCAGUUGCUGGAGCACAGAACGGCCAGGAGCCGCUGGCUGUGUCCGAUGUACAUUUCUGAGAUGUGCUCGUCACGUUGUGCCACAGGGCUCCAGAUUCCUCUGAUGUUUUGUUAAAGCUUGUGUUCACCAAUCAAAUCAACACGAGUCGGCAGAUGACCACGGACUCGACACAAAACCGUAACACGUGCUUGAUCCUCUAGACCAGUAUUCUUUUUAAAAUUCCAACUUGGCUGCAACAGGUCGCAAAAAUAGCUUUUUUUUGACAAUAAAGAAAUAUAACUAAAACAGGUGAAUCAAAAGAUAUCUGCCUAAUAGUUUAUUAAAUGGUCAAAUUUUUAAAACAGUUGUUUAGGUUUUUCCAGUCCCAGUUUUGGACAGUUGGGGAAAUUGUGAAUACAGACAGUAGAAGUUAACAAUAUUAAAUAUGUUCAUAGGUCAAUUUCAGGUUAUUUUUUUCAUACUCCACUGACCAGUGUGCCUCAGAGAUUAGAGGUUACAGAACUGAGAUGUCUGUAUGUGUAAAUGUAUAUAUAUCUCUUGGUUGUCUAUAGAGAAAUGAUCUGGUUAAUGUCUUUUCUUUCCUUUUGUGUAAAUUCUUUUGUGGUAAAAGGGGCUCCAUGGUUGUACUGAAGUUGAUGUAACUCUUUGGUGAUUUGCUACCUCGCCAGAGAGAGGGGAGCAUUCUGGCUAACCAGUAUGGAUCUUUUUCCUUAACUGUGAGUGACAAAUCUGUGCAAAUAGCUCAUAACAUUUAAUCACUACACAUAUGCAUUUAGUUUCAUUUUCAGUGAUUGCCAAACCUGUGAUGUUGUGUAAGGAUUAAAAAAAUCCAAGACCUGCUUGAGUUUGUCACUCAGAAUGAAGUAGGAAGCACAAUGGUCAGAAGUCUGAAAGGUCCCAGUUCAGAGUUCACUGUAAUGUGGUGAACUCCAUUCCUGGUGUCUGUCAGACCACUAAGACACUGUGAAUUCCUCUUUGUAGAUUAGGGCUUGCAUUAGGACAUCUUGAGUUAAUGAAUGAAUGAAUGGAGUUAAGUGAAGGAAGGGGUGACGGUGUCUCGUGCAGAUUUUUACAUUACAUGACAUUUUGCUUAGCAGACGCUCUUGUCUAAAGCAAAUUACAUAGUUUGGA